CUUCUUUCUCAGUUACUACUACCCACAAGUUUUUCUCCUCCAUUCAUCCCUUUUCUUACUUUACCCCUUCAACUGCUCAUCAAUGGCUGCCCUCUCAGCCAACCCUUUUUCCCUCUGCAUAUCUACGCCAUACACUACCAAAAAACUUCGAAGAAAAUUCUCACCUUUACUUGCUUCUUUAAGUCCUUCUGCAGCAGCUUCGAAUGAAUCAUCGCCCUUAUCGUCAGCCACAAAAACAGAGAAUAAAGCAGAGAAUUUCAGUGUGUCAGCAGAAGGGUCAUCCUUUAAAGGGCCCUAUGCUGAGGCCUCAAAGCCGCCGGAGCUGUCGUAUAACCAUAAUUGGGGAAAUCCGAAGGCUAGCCCAGUUGUGCAACUACUGCAGUCUACUGAGUCCACCAUUGAGAAGGUUAUAUUCGACUUUAGGUUUUUGGCACUUCUGGCCAUUGGGGGCACACUUGCUGGUUCUCUGCUUUGCUUUCUCAAUGGAUGUGUAUAUAUAUUCGACGCAUACAAGCUAUAUUGGACCUCCUGCAUCAAGGGGGUACACUCCGGCCAAAUGGUCCUACGACUGGUUGAAGCCAUAGAUGUGUAUCUAGCCGGGACAGUCAUGCUAAUAUUCGGCAUGGGCUUGUACGGAUUAUUCAUCUCCAACGUGCCUCCCAAUGUGGCUCCUAUUACCGAUCGUGCUCUUAAGGGAUCUUCCUUGUUCGGGAUGUUUGCUUUAAGGGAGAGGCCAAAGUGGAUGAAGAUCAGCUCGCUGGACGAGCUGAAGACGAAGGUGGGGCAUGUGAUAGUGAUGAUCCUUCUGGUGAAGAUGUUCGAACGGAGCAAGAUGGUGACGAUCGCGACCGGGACAGACUUGCUGAGCUACUCAGUCUGUAUAUUUUUGUCGUCGGCUUCUCUGUACAUUCUCCACAACUUGCACAGGCCGGAAUCGGAAUCGGAAUCGCAUUAAGGUUUGGGGAAUUAUCGCAAGUUGCAAGAGAAGUAUAUAUGUAGAUAAAGAUAUAUAACGCCCUUUUCUCUUGUUAUUCUUACCAUAACUGAUUUUAGCUGUAAAUAGAAUUUAAAGUACUCGAUGCUAUAUUGUAAUUAAAAUAUAUCGAUAUUAUGUAUGGGUUGAUUGGUUUUGAUUCUAAAUAAUUUUACUGUUUAGUCGGUUCUUUAA